AUGUGUUCCUACUUUGAAGAGGAGUCAUUUCAGUUCCGUGAUAUCGAUAUGCGAUAUGAGAUGCAUUUGAAGAGUCCUUGUGGACCAGCAGCAGUUAUCUUGGUGAAUAAAGACGAAAUGCUGCAACAGCAAUUCGCGAAUCUUUCAGGACGUUUCCAGUCAAUUCCAAAGAAUGUCUUCUCGGAUGAACCAGGUCAGAUAUUGGAGGACGAGGACGAUGAGGGUGCAUACUUGAAAAAACGACGGCCAGAAGAUGAGUCGAACGAUCCGAAAGGACCCGAAGUUCUGCGAAGGUUAAGUCCGCCGCCAUCCGAACGUGAUUAUAUCUUCAAUUUGAAUCAAGGUGAAUCGUUGUUGGAUCUGUACCAAGAUGAUACUAUGUAG